UCGGCUGGACUGCACUGGGUACCCGGAGCCAUGGGAAAGCUGGUGGUGCUCACCCUGCUCGGGGCCGGCCUGGCCCUGAUCGGGGAGAGGUUUUGGAUGCUUAGACAAAAAAUGAAUGCCUUUCGAGAAGUGGAGCCAGUAGACCCCCAUAACUGCCACCUCAUUGAAGGAAUUGAAAAUGGCUCUGAAGAUAUUGAUAUACUUCCUAGUGGGCUGGCUUUUAUCUCCAGUGGAUUAAAAUAUCCAGGCAUGCCAUGCUUUGCACCUGAUGAGCCAGGACAAAUCUUCAUGAUGGAUCUGAAUGAGCAAAACCCAAGGGUCCAGGCACUAACUAUCAGUGAUGGUUUUGACAAAGCGUCAUUUAAUCCACAUGGGAUCAGUACUUUCAUCGACAAAGACCAUACUGUGUAUCUUUAUGUUGUGAAUCAUCCCCACAUGGAGUCUACUGUGGAGAUAUUUAAAUUUGAGGAACAACAACAUUCUCUGGUACACCUGAAAACUAUAGAACACGAACUUCUCAAAAGUGUGAAUGACAUUGUGGUUCUUGGACCAGAACAGUUCUAUGCCACCAGAGACCACUAUUUCACCAACUUCUUGUCACUGUUAGAGAUGAUCAUGGACCUUCACUGGACUUACGUUCUUUUCUAUAGUCCGAAAGAGGUCAAAAUAGUGGCCAAAGGAUUUAAUUUUGCCAAUGGGAUCACAAUCUCACCAGACAAAAAGUAUGUCUAUGUAGCUGAUGUAAUGGAUAAGAAUAUCCAUGUAAUGCAAAUACAUGGUAACUGGGAUUUAACUCAGCUGAAGGUAAUACAGUUGGACACCUUGGUGGAUAACUUAGCUGUCGACCCUGACACAGGAGAUAUUUGGGCAGGAUGCCAUCCUAAUGCCAUGAAGCUGUUUCUCUAUAACCCUGAUGAUCUGCCAGGGUCAGAAGUUCUUCGCAUCCAGAAUGUUCUGUCUGAGAAGCCCAAAAUAAGCACCGAGUAUGCCAAUAAUGGCUCUGUUCUCCAGGGCAGCACUGUAGCUUCCGUGUACAAAAGGACACUUCUCAUAGGCACCAUAUAUCACAAAGCUCUGCGCUGUGUGCUCUAGACUCUGGAUGAUCCCAAAAGGCUAUGUGUUUGGUUAAAGUAAACCCCUCAUUCUGUAAGAAGUAGAACUGCAAGUAAACGGCAAAUGCCAACAAAA